AUGAAAAUUUUCGCAUUCUUUCUCGCUCUUACUGCAAUUACCCUUACUUCCGCCACGUAUCUUGAAACAAGAAAUUCUCUUGGCAAUGUCAAAUUGCUUUCUUUGACAGAAUCCGCUGUCAAUAACAGCUGUGGUCCUGACUAUCCAGAUUAUUAUCAGUGUCCCUCUGGUAAUGGUUGUUGCCCUACGGGUACGGACUGCUUAGAUGACACUUACUGCAACAUGCUCUGCACUGUUGAUGAUACACCUUGCGGUGCUGGUUGUUGCUACACUGACCAAACUUGCAAACCUGAUGGCUCAUGCGUUACUAACAGUGGAAAUAGCAGUGGAAGUGGCAGCGGAAAUAAUUCUAGUAGCAGCGGCGGAAGUGGUUCUAGUGGCAGUGGUGGAAGUAGUUCUGGUAGCAGUGGCGGAGAUGGCGGAGGUAGGCCCUCCAAAAAUGUGGCUCCUAAAGCAGCGAUGCAAUUAUCCAACAUGUUUUUGAUAAUAAUUAUUGUCGUGUCAAUUUAUGUGUUUAGUCAUAUAUAA